AUGUUCAAGAACACGUGGCGAAUUUUCGCAAACUACAAGUCGCUCGUGCCAGCGCUCCUGCUCGCCGCACCUCUGAGUGUGGGCAGCUCGGCUGCAGGUUGCGCUGCGGUUUCGGAGGCGGGAGCCGCAGUUCUUGAUGUGCGAAACCAGAGUGAAUGGGACGCCGGGCACUUGGGAUGCGCCCAGUUGGCUCCGAACCCAAGCUUGACGAGCGCGAUGGCGGCGAACCUGAUCGGGGCAGAUAAGACCCGUCGCGUAGUCGUGUACUGCCGCUCCGGCGGGCGAGCGGGCGUAGCCAAAACCAAGCUCGAGGGAUGGGGGUACACAAAUGUCUACAACGCAGGCGGCUACGACAGUCUAGUUGCCGCCGGUUGCGCCAACUGUGGAGCUACGACGACGUCCACUUCUAGCAGCGCCACAAGUACAACCGCAGGAAGCAGUUCUUCGGGUGGAGGCACUUCAUCUACAAGCGGAGGUACCACCGGGACGGGCUCGUCAGGCACUUCUAGCAGCAGUAGCGGUGCAGCAGGUGCUAGUAGUCCUUCUUCAUCUGGCGGCAGUGCAACCGGUACUGGCAGUGCGGCCGCGUCCACUACUGCCGGCGCGGCAGCAAGAGCGUCUUCAGCAUCGUCUUCCAUGUCCGCCACGACUAGCGCAGCCUCGGCUGCUUGGGACCGGUGGCAAAGCUAUUUUUUGUUGCUCUUUUCACUCGCUUUCGGAGUUGUCGUUGCCGCAUAGUAAUCUUCACUCCCCGUUUGCAGUAAAAAUUUCAAUUUUCUCCACAGUGCAGCGGGUGGCGGUAGUGAUAUGACUCAAACAGGUGCGUGAAACACAUCAUGCAUCUCAAAGAACCUUCAUACUGCAGCAUUGCCAUAUAAUUUCACGUGUACAGUAAGUAGUUGUUUUUACAUGUCGCAAUCCCACAUCUUCAUGUCAUUCAUAGGGAUAGAAAGCAUUCAAUUUCAAUCAGCAUCUUCGUGUCCAGCUAAGCAAAAACACAACAUCCAUGAAAUGUAGAAAGCUCCCCAUUGGACGAUGACAAAAUCAAAGGUAACUUAAUCUUGGUGAGGCAGUAGCAGUACACACA